AUGCAUUCUUUCUUUUUUCUUUAUUUCUAUCUUUUCUUUAUUUAUUAUCUUUCUUACCAUUUUUUUCUUUCUUUCAUUCUGUUCCUCUUUUUUCCUUUCUUUUGUUCUUUCUUUCUUUCUUUUUCUUUUCUUCUUUCUUUCUUUCUUUUGAUCAUUUUGCUCUUUUCUUUGUUUUUUACUUUCCUUCUUUGUUCUUUUGUUUCUUUUUUUUUUUCUUUCUUUCUUUCUUUCUUUCUUUCUUUCUGUUCAAUUUUCAUUCUUUUUUACUUUUUUUGCUUCUUUUUUUCUUCUAUUUUCUUCCUUCUAUCUUUCCUUUCCUUUUUCGUUCUUCCUUCUAUCUUUCCUUUCAUGCAUCUAAAUCAUCAUCUGACUCUCUCACUCACUCAUUCUCUGUCUCUGUCUCUUUUUUUCAGUUUUCUUUCUCCUUUUCUUAUAUCUUUUCUUCUUUACUUCAUUAUUUUUUCUAAUAAAUAUAUAUAUUUAUAUAUAUAUUUAUCCUUUAUCUUUCUUUCUUUCUUUUCUUUUUCUUUCUUUCUUUCUUUUGAAGAUCUUUCUGACUAUAUAUACACUUUCAUUUGGUAUUCUUUCUUUCUUUCUUUCUUUCUUUCUUUCUUUCUUUCUUUUCUCUCUCUUAUAAACUAUUUUCAUUUCUUUUCUUUCUUUCUUUCUUUCAUAUUUCUUUUCUCUCUCUAUUAUCUAAAUAUCUAUUUUAUUUUUAUUCUUUUUUCUUUCUUUUUCUUUUUUUUUUCUUUCUUUUCUUUUCUUUCUUUCUUUCUUUCUUUCUUCUCUCUCUCUCUAUAUACACUAUUUUCAUUUAUAUUUCUUUCUUUCUUUCUUUCUUUAUCUAUAUAUACACUAUUUUCAUUUGUUUCUCUAUAUAUAUCAUUUCCUUAUUAUUAUAUUCUUUUUUUCUUUCUUUCUUUCUUUUUUCUUUCUUUCUUUCUUUCUUUCUUUCUUUCUUUCUUUCUUUCUCUCUCUCUAUAUAUACACUAUUUUCAUUUGUUUCUCUAUAUCUAUGCACAUCAAUUCCUUAUUAUUAUUAUUCUUUCUUUCUUUCUUUCUUUCUUUUUUCUUUCUUUCUUUCUUUCUUUCUUUCUUUCUUUCUUUCUUUCUCUCUCUCUAUAUAUACACUAUUUUCAUUUGUUUCUCUAUAUCUAUGCAUCAAUUUCCUUAUUAUUAUUCUUUCUUUCUUUUUUCUUUUUUUUCUUUCUUUCUUUCUUUCUUUCUUUCUUUCUUUUCUUUCUUUCUUUCUUUCUCUUUUUCUAUAUAUACACUAUUUUCAUUUGUUUCUCUAUAUCUAUGCACAUUUAUUAUUAUUAUUCUUUUUUUCUUUCUUUCUUUCUUUUUUUUUUCUUUUUUCUUUCUUUUUCUUUCUUUCUUUUUUUCUUUUUCUUUUUAUCUCUUUAUAACUAUUUUCAUUGUUUUCUAUAUCUAUUCAUCAAUUCCUUAUUUUAUUCUUUCUUUUCUUUCUUUUUAAUUUUUCUUUUCUUUUUUUUUUUUCUUUCUUUUUUUCUUUCUUUCUUUCUUUCUUUCUCUCUCUCUAUAUGUACUAUUUUUCAUUUGUUUCUCUAUAAUGCACAUCAAUUCCUUAUUAUUAUUAUUCUUUCUUUUCUUUCUUUUUUCUUUCUUUCUUUCUUUCUUUCUUUCUUUCUUUCUUUCUUUCUUUCUUUCUUUCUCUCUUUUAUAAACUAUUUUCAUUUGUUUCUUUAA